UUCUAGUUGACAAGUAGACACCACCCGACCACGUUAAAGCUACUGCUACAUUCGGAACCAGGCUAGCAGUAAUUAUCUUUUGUUUUUGUCUAUUGAGUGCUGGAAACUAAUUCACUAAUUUCGUUUAGGGUUGGGCAGCUAUCUGCAACACCAUUUGCUGAUACUGCAAGGUGGGGGAGUUGGCUACUGAGAUUAGAUACCCGAGACGCAAUUUUUCGUUUAUGAGCCGAGUAACGUAAUGGACACAAAGAACCAAAGAUGAAGUGACCGUCACCCGAGGGACCAUGCUGGCCACAAAGAGACUAGAGAUGUCACGGACGUGAACGUGCAAGCGGUGCAGAAAUAAGCUGAGGGAUGACAUCGCUGGCUGUCGGCGUGGUCCUCUGCCUAACGGGCUGGAUCACUCUCUACAUCCUACUGUGUAACACCAGUGGCUGCCAUGGCUCUGAGUGGAACUGUAGGCUGGUCACACUGCUCCAUGGAAUCCUUGCAGUUUGUAUAACAGCAUACAUAGGCUAUGUGGAUGGACCUUGGCCCUUCACACAUCCAGGCACAAAGAACACCCCCCUUCAGAUCACUGCUAUGGUCAUUAGCCUGGGCUACUUCAUCUUCGACAUGGGCUGGUGUGUUUACUUCAGCACAGAGGGCCUAGUGAUGCUGGCUCACCACACCAUGAGUAUCCUGGGUAUCUUGUUGACCCUGAGCUUGGGAGAAUCAGGCAUCGAGUCCUGCGCUGUACUCUUUGGCAGUGAGAUCACCAAUCCCCUGCUGCAAGCUCGCUGGUUCCUGAGACAGUUGGGUCGCUAUGAGAGCCUGACAGGGGAGGCGGUGGAUGUUCUGUUUGUAGUGCUAUUUGUGUUUAUGCGCAUAGUGGUUGGCGGAAGGAUGUUGUACUGCGAGCUCAUCUCCCCACAGCCCAGGUUCAUUAUAAAGUGUGGGGGAGUUGCCAUGUAUGUGCUGUCCUGGGUGUUCAUGGUGGACAUUGGUCGUUUCGCCUACCGCAAGAGUCAAUCCAAAUACAGACGCUGGAGAAACCAACACAGAUUGGAAACAGAUAACAGACAUGAUGGAAAGACAGACUGAAAGACUUCCUGAUCUUUAGAAGAUUAAUAUAAACAUCCAAUGUGUAUACUAAUAUACCUUUAACACAUGAUUAACUAACACAUGGUUGUGUGUAAGCGAAGGGUCAAAGUCAAGCGAUUCUUUAAGUCUGUAUGAUUAUCGGGGAAUAGUCUUUGGUAUUCAGUUUACACUUUUUUUGUGCUCAGUUCAGAAAAAAACAAGCUGCUCAGUUUAGACAUGCACUGUUCAUCAGUCACUUUGGAUUAUUACACAGGUUCACUGGAAGGUAAUGUACAGUGCCUUCAGAAAGUAUUCACGUCCUUUUUCCACAUUUUGUUCAAAUCAAUUUCUAUUUGUCAUAUGCUUUGUAGACAACAGGUGAAAUGCUUACUUACGGUUCCAUUUCCAACAAUGCAGAGUUGAGAUAAAAAAUAUAAUACUUAAAAAAAAAAUAUUGACACAAGGAAUUAAUACACAGUGAAUAAUUAAUAAAAAUAACAAAAAUAACAUGGCUAUAUACAGGGAGUACCAGUACCGAGUCGAUGUGCAGGGGUACGAGGUAAUUGAGGUAGCUAUGUACUGUAAAUAUAGGCAGGGGUAAAGUGACUAGGCAACAG